UAUCUGUACCCAUCUGUCUGUCUGUCUGUCUGUCUGUCAGGCCGCCAGUAUGAUGCGUAAAGACGUCAACAAGCCGAAGGGGAAGACGUCGGCGUACGCCUUCUUCGUCCAGACGUGUAGAGAGGAACACCGGAAGAAGAACCCUGAGCAGUCGGUCAACUUUGCCGAGUUCUCCAAGAAAUGCUCCGAGAGAUGGAAGGCUCUGACAGCCAGUGAUAAGAAGUGUUUUGAGGACAUGGCAAAGGCUGAUAAGGUGCGUUACAACAGAGAGAUGAGAGACUACAUCCCCCCCAAGGGCUUUGGAAAGAGGGGGCGCAAGAGGAAAGACCCCAAUGCUCCCAAAAGACCCCCGUCUGCGUUCUUUGUGUUCUGCAGUGAGUACCGUCCCAGUGUGAAGCAGCAGUUUCCUGGUCUGUCUAUAGGAGACUGUGCCAAGAAACUGGGAGAGAUGUGGAGCAAACUGUCCCAGUCUGAGAAACUGCCCUACGAGGAGAAGGCCCAGAAACUACGAGAGAAAUACGACCGGGACAUGGUGGCGUACCGUGGCGGCGGAACGUACGCCAGCAGGAAUCCUGGCUCCUCAGCUCAGGGAGGAGAGGAAGAGGAGGAUGAUGAGGGAGAGGAUGAAGAUGAAGAGGAGGAGGAUGACGAGUAGAAACGAAGAGCUGCAGCUGGAUGAGAGAAAGAGAUACGGAGAGUGUGUGAGACAGGUGUGUGUGUGUUUCAGAGGACGAGACAGAUGAGGAGUCUGACACGGACCAGACACACUGAUGCUGUCUAAUACACACACACACACACACACACACACACACACAUACAUACAGGUGUGUUACACACUGACACAGCUCAAAACACACAGGUGAGUCACACAGAGGUGUGUUAUACAUAGACGUGUCAAAUAAGUGACUUACACACUCGUGUAUGUUAGACAUCUGUGCUACACACGGGUGUGUAACAUACAGGUGUAGCCUAUACACCUGUAUGUAGCAUACCUGUUUGUAUCUCGCCUGUUUGUAACUCCGAAAGUUGUUGUUCAGAAAGGAAGUGAAGCUCUGAGCGUGGCGGCCAUGAUGACUUCCUGCUGCAGGUGAUAUUAGGGAGAGUAGAAGAAGAAGAGGGACAGGUGAGGGUGAAGGUAAGCUCAGCCAGCUGCCAGCCAAUCAGGAGCAGCUAUUCUGUGACAGAAUCAAUAGUAUUAACUGUUCAAAAGCUUUGUUGUGAUUGGUGUAAAGUCAUGUGAUGUCAUCAUAGAAACCGGACCAAAGUCGGGACAAACGCUCACCUCGUGUUUUUAAAUGUUUUCCAUAUGAUACACUAGACUGUACCUGCACCAGACUGCACCUGCACCAGUCAGACUGUACCUGUACCAGACUGUACCUGCACCAGAGUCAGACUCUACCUGCACCAGACUCUACCUGCACCAGUCAGACUUUACCUGUACCAGACUGUACCUGCACCAGUCAGACUUUACCUGUACCAGAGUCAGACUGUACCUGUACUGGACUGUACCUGUACUGGACUGUACCUGUACCAGAGCCAGACUGUACCUGUACUGGACUGUACCUGUACCAGAGCCAGACUGUACCUGUACCGGACUGUUCCUGUACUGGACUGUACCUGUACCUGUGCCAGACUGUACCUGUACCGGUGUCAGACUGUACCGGUGUCAGACUGUACCUGCACCAGACUGUACCUGCACCAGUCAGACUUUACCUGUACCAGACUGUACCUGCACCAGUCAGACUUUACCUGUACCAGAGUCAGACUGUACCUGUACUGGACUGUACCUGUACUGGACUGUACCUGUACCAGAGCCAGACUGUACCUGUACUGGACUGUACCUGUACCAGAGCCAGACUGUACCUGUACCGGACUGUUCCUGUACUGGACUGUACCUGUACCUGUGCCAGACUGUACCUGUACCGGUGUCAGACUGUACCGGUGUCAGACUGUACCUGUACCAGACUGUACCUGUACCUGUGCCGGACUGUACCUGUACCAGACUGUACCUGUACUGGACCGUACCUGUACCGGUGCCAGACUGUACCUGUGCCGGACUGUACCUGUGCCGGACUGUACCUGUACUAGACUGUACCUGUACCGGUGUCAGACUGUACCUGUACCGGUGUCAGACUGUACCUGUACCAGACUUUACCUGUACUGGACUCUACCUGUACCUGUGCCGGACUGUACCUGUACCGGUGUCAGACUGUACCUGUAUUAGACUGUACCUGUACCUGUAUUAGACUGUACCUGUACCUGUAUUAGACUGUACCUGUACCGGUGUCAGACUGUACCUGUACCGGACUGUACCUGUACCAGACUGUACCGGACUGUACCUGUACCGGACUGUACCUGUACCGGACUGUACCUGUACCGGACUGUACCUGUACCGGUGUCAGACUGUACCUGUACCAGACUGUACCUGUACCGGUGUCAGACUGUACCUGUACCGGUGUCAGACUGUACCUGUACCGGACUGUACC